AUGCCUUUAAGGGGAUUAGGAAGCUCUAAUGUCACCACUUCACAAGGAACUCGUGCAGUCACGCCAAUGCACAACACAGUUGGAACUUUGGCAUCCGAGCUCGCAAAUGCUUCCCCACGUGACCAGAAAACUAUGUUGGGCGUAAAUUUAUACCCUCUGGUUGGGCAGCUGGAGCCUGCAAUGGCAAGUAAAGUCACAGACAUGCUUCUAGAAAUGGAUCAGACUGAGGUUCUGCACUUGCUCGAAUCACCUGAAUCUCUUGCAACUAAAGUUAAGGAGGCUAUGGCUGUCCUAACCAACGCUCCUCAACGCAGCAAGUGGCUUUCCAUGCCCUUGAAUUAAUAAUUUUCUCUAUUCUCCACAUAAAUUUAUUUUCUCUAUUCUCCCCAUAAAUUGACUAUACUUAUUAUGGAGUUUAGCAUUGACUAUUAGUAGCUUGG